AUGUACGCCUCCCGCGUUUCGGCUCGGCAACUCUUUCAUCGCUCGGCUCCCUCGGACCCCCUCAUUGCAACAAUCAUAGUGGUCUCGGUACUCUCAACACUACUGCUUGCUAGUGCAAUCUUGCUCCUGUCCCGGAUGUGGAAGAAAAACAUCACUCGGAGGAGCGAUGCGGCAAUUCCCGGAGAAUCUCAAAAUCAAGCCGCUGGUUUUUGGCGCACACCCAGUGAUUGGGCAAGGAAGGACAGCAACGUGCUCUGGUCCAUGUACAUUGCGGAGGACGACCUCAGAGCCCAAUUCACCCUGUCACCAAAAUCAAGGCUCUUCUCUAUAGGGUCUGUCUCCACCGUCGACCACGCCAGAUGCCCUCUCGACAGACGUCACUCGCACGUGAACCCAUCAACUCAGCACAAUACCAUAAUGGAUAACUUCGUGAAGGCGAGCGACACCGCCGCUGAUCUGCGCAGCCGCACGCCAUACGAACACCAGACGACACCGACGAAGAGUACCCCACGUGCCCGAGCAAUGUCCCAGCCUUCCAAGCACAGGUAUGCCAGUUCCUUCGAGGAGACGGUCAAACGCAAGCAGAGCCUGCCUUUCCCGUUGAUGGUCGAGGAAGUCCGCGAGGGUUAA